AUGUCCCGCGUCGACAAGGACCUCGAGCAGGCUGAGCUCGAUGCCCGGCUCCAUUCGAGCAAGGAGGAGGAGGGUCUCGAGCGCCCGACCUCCUCAGGGACCACCGGCUCGACUGGCUACAGCAGCUCCAUUGAGCCCAACCCGCAGCUGCACACCCUCCAAUCGCGCGCCACCGAGAUCGACCUGGAGCGCCAUCGCACGGCCACCUCUCACGCCCUGAGCCGCAUCGAGACCCAGCGCCUGCAACACGCCCUCACCGUUGGCGAAAGCGUCAGGUCGCGCGCUUCGCGAGCGCCUCUACCGGCCUUUGGAGGCGGCAAGCCCUACCCGCCCCCGCUGCCGGCGCGAGAGGACUAUGUCGUCGAGUUCGACGGGCCCGAUGACCCACUCUACCCCCAGAACUGGAAGCUGUCCACCAAGAUAUACAUCAGCGCCAUGCUCGCCUUUACGAGUAUCUGCUCGACCUUCGAUUCCGCCAUCUUCAGCUCCUCCACCACGAACGUCGCCAAGGUGUUCGGCGUCGGGAUCGAAGUGGCCACCCUCUCUAGCUCGUUAUAUAUCUGUGGGUAUGCGUCGGGACCGUUGAUCUGGGCGCCGCUCUCCGAACUGAAGGGCCGCCGCCUGCCCAUCAUCAUUGCCAUGCUGGGGUUCGGCAUUUUCAACACCGCGGUCGCCGUGGCCAAGGAUCUGCAGACGAUCAUGAUCUGCCGCUUCUUCUGCGGCAUCUUCGGCAGUAGCCCGCUGGCGGUGGUGGCGGCGAUCUUCUCCGACAUCUACGACAACCGCACGCGGGGCGUGGCCAUCGCGAUGUUCGCCAGCACAGUGUUCCUGGGUCCGCUGCUGGCCCCCUUCAUCGGCGGGUUCAUCAACUCGUCGUACCUGGGCUGGCGGUGGACGGCGUACAUCCCCGCGAUCAUGGGGUACGCGGCGUUCGUGAUGAACUUGUUCUUCCUCAAGGAAUCGUACCCACCGGUGGUGCUGGUGGACAAGGCGGCGGAGCUGCGGCGGCGCACGAAGAACUGGGGCAUCCACGCGAAGCAGGAGGAGAUCGAGGUGGACCUGCGGGAGCUGAUCGUGAACAACUUCUCGCGGCCGAUCCGGCUGCUCAUCAGCGAGCCGCUGAUCCUGGCGGUGACCGUCUACCUCAGCUUCAUCUAUGGGCUGCUGUACUGCUUCUUGACGGCGUACACGCUGGUGUUCGACGGGGUGUACGGCAUGUCGGCCGGGGUGGGCGGGCUGACGCUGUUCGGGAUGGUGGUGGGCCUGCUCAUCGCGGCGGCGUACAUCAUCCUGACGAGCCCGGCGUACAACCGGAAGCUGGAUGCCAACGGGGGGAUGCCGGUGCCGGAGUGGCGUCUGCCGCCGGUGAUCCUGGGCGGCGUGCUCUUCGCGGCCGGGCUGUUCUGGUUCGGGUGGACGGGCUUCACGAACAGCAUCCCGUGGAUCGUGCCGACGCUGAGUGGGCUGUUCACGGGAUUCGGACUGCUGAUGAUCUUCAUCCAGCUGUUCAACUACCUGAUCGACACGUAUUUGAUGUUUGCCGCAUCGGCCAUCGCGGCCAACACCUUCUGCCGGUCGCUGGUGGCGGCCAGCUUCCCGCUGUUCUCGCGACAGAUGUUCGACAACAUGGGCAUCCAGUGGGCGUCCACCCUGCUGGGCUGCCUGGCGGCGGUGCUGGUGCCGAUCCCCGUGUGCUUCCUGCUGUUCGGCAAGAACCUGCGCAAGAAGAGCAAGUUCGCGCCGUAUUACGAGAAGGCGCAGGAGUCGCACGUGGCGGACGAGGACGUGGGUGAGGGGGAGAACUGA